AUGGGCGGCAGGGGCGGGCCUGGUCCUGAUCCUGGAGGCGGUGGAUGCCUGCAGAUGCGGCUGCCUGGAGAGAUGCUGCAGCUGCUGGCAAAGGGCGCUUCCGUCUCUUUUUCGGGCACAGACAGCGCCACUCUCCGCAUGGGCAACCACACCUCGCAGUGCAAGAUCGUCGACAACUCGGCCCGUGUCGAGGCGUACGUGCCCGUCGUUGGUGAGCCGUUCUCCCUCGCCCUCCUCGGCCGUGUCGGCUACACCAUGUCGCGGAUGACCACCUCGCUCUCGGUCGCACAAUCGCGCAAGUACAAGGCCGCCACGGUCGCCGCUUCCAAGAGCGCCUCAACCUCAAAGGCUGCCACUCUCUCGGUGGCAGAAACCGAGGCGUCCGGCACCCGAAAGCGCCGGAGGAGCACGAAUGCAGCCAAGACAGACUCGAUUCGCAAGCGCGAACGCGCGGCGCUCGCCGCCCGGUAUGGCGGUCGCGCCGCCAAGCGUGCGCGCGGGCUCUCGGGCCGCACCACCGGGCUCGCCGGCACCCGCCCACACCUUCGCGAAGAGGUCAUCCGCUUGCUAAUGGCCAAGCCGAUGACGCUUUCCAAGCUCAAGUCGCAGCUGGACGUGACGCCAACGCAGGCCAAGGUCCUUGUCUCCAUCCUAAGCGAGAUUGCGUCGCCGCAUCCCAAGUCGCCCUCACACUAUGUGCUCUCAUCAAGCGUCGGCACCGCCGCAGGCGGACCGGUCGACGUCGACGCCAUUGUCGACGCCAAUAAUCGCUCGCCGUCGCGGGCUGCCGCUGGCAUCCGCCCGGUCCUCCCGUCGACUCGCCGGACAACGCUCUCGCCAGUGCCUUCGGCGUCGAACCCGCCGCCGCUCCUCACUCCCACCGCGCACGCCGCCCGCUCGCUCGCCUUUGUCUCGCGCAUCGACGAGCUUGCCUCCAAGCUCGGCAUCACCGUCGCCCCGUUUCCCUCGGCACAGACCAUGCUGGUGCUGGGCAAGCUACCGCCGGCCGACGCCAUCGCCGCCGACGAGCAGCAGUACCCGCCCAUCACCGACCGGCCGCAGUAUCGCCGCUACAAGAAUCUGUUCAACGAGCUCUACGCCAAGUAUCGCGCCAUCGACGCGGACCUUUCUGCCAACACCGCCCUCUUUAAGAGCCUCGGCGAGCGCGUCGAUGAGCCCGAGGCCAUCGAGCUCAUCCAGGAGCUCGCCAACGUCCGUACAGACGUCCGCAAGUCGCUCUACGCCUACUUUGGCCGCCUCCAGCGCGAGCUCGAGGCCAUCAAGGCCCACGUCGUUGCCUACGUCGAUGGCGAGGCCAAGCUCGCCUCCUAGCGUGUGCCAGAUGCCGACGCUGCGCCCCGUGAUGGCGCAGGUGGCGGCGGCGGUGGCGUGAACCGCGCCCCGCCGUUCACCGAAGCCUCAGCCUCGCCCUCAGCUCGCGCUGGAGCCGGAAAGUACCGCGGCCGCGGCAAGUCGCGCACCUCGUCGAUCGCGAUGCCAUGAGCGAUGUCCGAGAUGUCGCGCUCGUCCGGCUGGAGAAGAAAGAGCGCAAGCGAGGGCAUGAGCGGCGCCAUGGCCAUGAGCGUGAGAAUCCGGAACGGCGACGGCUUGGCCCAUCCGGCCUUGUCCGCCAUAAAAUGCGGGACGACCG